UGAUCACGUGAUUUACUGAUUUAUUUGCGAUUUUGCGCAUGCUACUUUUCAUGACUCUUGUCAACUCUUGUUUACAUUUUCCUGAUGUACAAAAGGUACAAAAGUUUGUGUUUUUUAUAUUUUUCCCAUAUUUUAUGCUUUUGAGUCAAAGUAAUUAUUAUAUACAAAGAUGACAAAGUGCUUUGUAAAAGGAUGUGAUUCUUCGGCAUAUAUCCGAAGAAAUCAAGAGAGUAGGGAAAAACGUAGUUUAUUUCGUCCUACGUCUGAUGAAAUGUUUCAACAAUGGAGAAAAGUUAUUCCUGGUGGUGAAGGUUUCCAAAGAAAACACUCAAUUUGUGAUCUUCAUUUUUUUCGAGAGGAUAUUAUUAGCGAGUACGUGGAACAUUGUAGUCCUCAAUUGACACCACAUUUAUACAUGAAGCCUAUCAGACUUCGUUUAAAAAAGGGAGCUGUACCUUCGGUCUUUGGUUUUCAUAAAGAAUCGUCGCCUGUAACAAUAAAAGUUGAAAAUAAAGAUGAAGAGCCCGAAAUAAUUAGUGAUGUUCCCCUGCCAAUGUCUGUGACGAUAAAAGAAGAAAUUAAAGAAGAAGAAGAAGAAGAAGAGACCGAAGUAGUUCCUAAUGUUCCCUCACGUAUACCGACUGUAACAAUAAAGGAAGAAAUUAAACAGGAAGAACCCGAAAUACUUCCCGAUGUUCCUCUGCGAAUAUCAGGAAUAUCAUUAAAUAAUCAACUUUCAGAAGUAACUGAUUUUCAAAUAAUUCGACAAAAAAGUGAUUCAAUUCCAAAACCUUCCUCUUUUUGGACGGUGAGAAAUACUUCUGAAACUAUUGUCUGGAUUUGUUGGAGUAUGAAUUAUAUGAAAGCUUUUCGUAAAGUUGUACUACAUCCAGACAUGUCUAUUAAGAUAUUUGUUGAAGAUCGUGAAAUGAAUGUUGAAGGUUUACAUUCGGUUGAGAACAUUGGUGAUAUAGUGAAACUGUUAAAUAACGUUUCUCAAUUGUUACCAUGUUUUAAAAAAGGUGUUCGAAGGUCCAAGGAUUGCAUUGGAUAUGUUGUACAAAAAGAUAUACGGAAAAAAGGACCUCAAAUUGAAAUUUGCGAAUGUUGCAAAAAAUAUCGACGAAAAGUAACGCGUCGAAAUAACGAAAAUAAUUUUAAAACCAAAAAAAAUAUAAUAUUAUUAAAUAAAAGUCGAAAGAUGUGAGCAGUUGGACAAAGAAAAUUUAAGGAGAGUUACCGACAAUUACCUGAAAAAAAGAGUAUUAAAAUUUGGGAAUUGGCUCGAAUUUCAAAAAAAAAAAUCAUUUUAUCAUUUUAUCAAUAAAAAUACGGUUUAUAGAA